AUGCCCAUCACAGUUGUUAAAAAUGAAAAGGGGACCAACACUAUAUUUUUUGAUCACGCCUUACCUCAGCAGACAGCGACACCUCGAGACAGAAACAAAAUCGUCUACGAUUUAGCUUUCAAGAGUUUAUGCUUAGAUUGGGAGAAAAGACACUCUGUACAAAUCAAUGUCGAUAAACAAAAUACUGAUACAGAAGAAAAUCUUCAAUACAAUCUUUGGAGUUUUGGAGAAUUGUCUAUCCUUAUUCGACAUCAACUUGAUGGUGAACUCAAGAAAGCAUUCGAUAAAAAAGUGCUAAUCAAUACCAAAUUGGAAUAUUUGACUGAAGAUUUAAAAGAAAUAGUAACACCAAUGGAAAGAGCUACUAACUGGAUUCGAUCUUAUGUGGGUGGACAUGCUACUCUUUUAGAAGGAAGAAUUGACGUGAUCAAGAAUAUACUGAUGAAGGUAGAACAUAAACAAAUGCUGAAUAUUAUGGGAGAGAAUUGGAGACCAGCUUAUGAAAGUGAUACACUUUUGCAUAUUCUCUCAAAGAUUUACAAGUAA